UUGAGCAUCGGUGAUUUUCCUUCUCCGCCACGGUGCGAACAGGCGACGGCGUGCUCUUCCAUCUUCUCAGUUAACCCUAAUUUCCGAGUCGGGCGUACAAUCUCAUAAAACGAUGUCUCCGCCGUGCUUUGCUGACCUCGGAAAACAGGCUCGCGACCUGUUCAGCAAGAACUACCACUUCGGAGUCGUCAAGCUCGACUGCAAGACCACCGCCAAGAACGGUCUGGAGUUCACCGUCAGCGGGACUAGCCUCAAUGACACCGGCAAGGUGAAUGCCUCACUUGAAUCCAAAUACAAGGUUUCAGAGUACGGCUUAACGCUAAAGGAGAAAUGGAACACCGAUAACACUCUUUUCACCGAAGUUUCCUCGGAGAACAAACUAGCGAAGGGUCUGAAGCUGUCUUGCAACGGCUCUUUCGCCCCGGAGACCGGCAAGAAGUCCGGCACUCUGAAAACUGCCUACCAGCUCGACAACCUUCACGUGAACGGCGACGUCGAUUUGGGGGUCGGUGGAGCGGUUCUCCACGGAGCAGGCGUUCUUCACUAUCAGGGCUGGCUGGCCGGUGGCCAGUUAUCGUACGAUGUGAACAAGAGUCGUUUAACGAAGACGUGCCUCGCCCUUGGUUACCAGGCUGGCGACUUCGUCCUCCACAGCAGCGUCAACGACGGUCAGGAGUUCGGUGGAAGCCUCUAUCAGAAGGUGAACGAUAAACUUCAGACCGGCGUUACCCUUUCGUGGCAAGCCGGCACGAACGCAACCCGAUUUGGUUUGGGCUGCGUCUACAACGUGGACGACGAGACCUCGGUUCGUGCAAAGGUGAACAACGGCGGUCAAGUGGGCCUGGGCUUCACACACAGAUUGAGGCCAGGAUUCAGCCUCACCCUUUCCACCCUUGUGGACGGGAAGAACUUCAACCAGGGAGGACACAAGUUGGGACUUGGUCUUGACCUGGAAGCGCUUCAAUAGGUCAUUGGCAGAAUUACAUACCACCACUUCUUCUCACUUUGGAGCAUAGCUUUGUCUGUUUGUCUCGUCCUUUAGAGCAAUUUUUUUAAGUGUAUCCGGAAGAGAGUAGUAGUCGAGUAAGAGACGGAGGCUGUUUUUUCUUCAUGUUAGAAACUUUUUUUUUUAUUUACGAAUUGGAAGUUUUGAGCUAAAUAAAGCUGUAUUGUGAAGGA